ACAAAGGUGCGGACAUACUGAUUGGUUGAAUUGGGCGUUAUUUUAGUCUCGUGAUUUGAGGAAAUAAAACGUGCUGUGGUGCUGGGCGGUUGUUUGUUACGAUUCAUCACUCCAAAGCCAGUGGGGACAUUUAAAAACAGGGUUGUCUGUGGGGACAGAAAAGAAGAUGGAUUUGAGAGGUGGCGUCGUGUUGCUCUGCUUAAUGGGGCUCAGCUCUGCGGAUCCAGUCAAGUACUUCGACUGUGGCUCACCUUCAGGCAAGGUGACCAUUGUGGACAUUACUCCGUGUGCCUCUCAGCCUUGCCAGCUGCACAAAGGACAGUCCUACAGUGUCAAUGUGACUUUCAGCAGCAUUGUGCAGAGCCGGACGAGCAGAGCCGUGGUUCACGGGAUCAUCGUCGGAGUUCCUGUCCCCUUCCCGAUUCCCGUCGAUGACGGCUGCAAGUCUGGAAUCCAGUGUCCCAUCCAGAAGCGGCAGGGCUAUCACUAUGUGAAUGAGCUGCCCGUCAAGAUGACGUAUCCUGCGAUGAAGCUGGUCGUAGAGUGGGAACUGAGAGAUGACGGCAAUCAAGAUCUGUUCUGCAUUAGGUUCCCUGUACAGAUUGUUUGAAGCAGGUGAUCUGCACAAGUUUCUUUCUUUAAAAGGGAAUCUUGACCAGUAAAAACUAAAUGUGAAUGAUUCUACAUACAGGUCCUUGUUUUACUCACUCUGCAAAUUGAUUUUAAAAUUCCUUUCUUUGCUACAUUUGAUUGCACCGCACCAAUGUUUAACAACACGUUGCAGACAAAAGGCAGUAAACGUUUGUUUUUUUUCCAUGUCUUAAUUCAGGCGCUACAUGUCCUAAUGGCUGCUAUGUAGUCUGAAUUUACACAGCAAACAUUUCUGGCUGUACAAACUUUUGUAAUUUCUUAGUCUUUGUGCUUUAUAGAACAUGUAAACUGUAAAUGUAAUAAAUAAAGAACUAUCUCAGUGUUGUGAA